AUGAUGUCUAAUUGUUUCAAUACUAAAUCAAUUUAUUGUCGAAAUAUUAAAAAAUUCAAUGGAAUAAUUAUAAUUUUUCUAUUUGGUAUCAUAAUUGGUCGAUGGAUUAGUCAACCGGAAGAUAAAUUUCAAAGAAAAAAUGAUCCAAGAAAAAAUAAUUUUAUAUUUAUCGGUGGACAUGAAAGUAGCGGAACUGGUCUAAUGCGUAUUCUUCUUGAUGUUCAUCCAUCUAUAAGAUGUGGUCCAGAACCAAUCAUUACAACAUUAUUAUUACGUUUUAAAAAAAUGUAUGAACAUAAUCCAAAACAACUUAAUGCAGCUGGAAUAUAUCCAAAUGUAUUCAAUCGUGCUAUAGCUGCAUAUUUUAGUGAAAUUAUAAUAAAUAUGGGUCAAUCCGCUGAACGUUUAUGUCAUAAACAACCAUUUACAUUUUAUUAUUUAAAUUAUUUAAGCGAAAUUUUUGUUAAUGCAAAAUUUAUACAUAUGGUACGUGAUGGUCGAGCUGUCAUUGCUUCUUCAAUUAAGCGUGCAGUUAAUCCCCUCUAUGUUUCGGAUAAACCAUAUUUGGCAUUUCAAUAUUGGGAAGGUAUAACAAAAAAAAUGUUAGAAGAUUGUAUACAAAUUGGUUCAUCACGUUGUUUAACUAUACGUUAUGAAGAUUUAAUAUUGAAUACGUUGGAAGAAACUAAAAAAAUUUUCAAAUUCCUUGAUAUACCUUGGGACCCGAUAAUUCUAAAACACGAAUCUGUUAUUCACAAGAUUUCUAGCCUAAGUCCAUACGAAGCAAGUUCAAAACAAGUGAUCAAUAAAAUCCAUCGGAAUUCCCUAUUAUCAUGGGCAGAUAAUAAAUCAAUUCUACCAAGAGAAUUUAUUGAAAAGAUACAUUUAGAAAGUAAAUUAUUACAUCGACUAGGUUAUGCACAAUUGAGUUUCCCACCAAAUUAUUCUUUAUUAAAACCACUUCAAGGAAAUAUAUUGAGACAAUGAUCCAGAACAUUCUUUUUUUACUGUUUAUCCGAAUAAUAAAAUGUUGAAAUAAACAGAAAUAUCCUCUUCUUCUUUGAAUGAACUAUACAACAAAGUACUCCUAAUUAUUGAGAUCAUAUACAUGCGUACCAAAAGAAAUUAAUUAUGUUAGAUAAUUCAGUCAGUCAGUGGUCUUGAGUGUUGUUAGAGGUAUGAGGGCAGUUAUCACUUCCCGGUUGCCUACACCGUGGAAGGGUUCUUCUAGUGAUACCUGAAAAGGAAAUUGGGUUAGAAGUGGUCUUAAUGACCUGAGAGCGUGACC